UCCCUCGGACCGGAAGGAGUUGCUGGCGCUUCCGGCGGUGGUUGCCUCGGUGAUGUCGUGGGUUCAAAGUACUCCCUUGGUCCAGGGUCCCGGGGAAGAGGGGGACGUGUUUGACGAGGAAGCGGACGAGUCGCUCCUGGUGCAGCGGGAAUGGCAGAGCCACAUGCUGAGACGAGUCAAAGAAGGUUACAGAGAUGGAAUAGAUGCGGGCAAAGCAGUUACUCUUCAACAAGGCUUCAAUCAAGGUUAUAAGGAAGGUGCAGAAGUCAUUAUAAACUACGGGCAACUCAGAGGAACAUUGAGUGCUUUGCUCUCCUGGUGUCACCUUCAUGAUAAUGGUUCAGCUCUGAUCAGUAAAAUAAAUAGUCUUCUGGAUGCAGUUGGCCAGUGUGAAGAGUAUGUGCUCAGACAUCUGAAAUCAAUCACGUCUCAGCCCCAUGUGGUAGAUUUAUCGGACUCUAUUCAGGAUAUGGACCUUGGUCAUGUAGCUGCAGCUGAGAAAAAGAUGGAUGAAGGUAAAGAUGAAAGACUCUGUGAAAAUAAUGCUGAGCUUCACAAAAACUGUGGCAAGAGUCUUAGUGAGGCAGAUUGUUCAUCUCUAGAAUGUUGUAGAAUACAAGAGCAGCCACAUUCUGAAAACCCAAGCCUCACAUGGAUUUUAGAACAGACAGCCAGUUUGGUCAAACAGCUGGGAGUAUCACUUGACGUAUUACAGCACCUCAAACAAUUAUAAAAAUUCUCUUCAUGUUUCUAAUGAAAGUAAUGUUGAGAACAUUUGUUGGAACACUUUGUUUCUUAACAAACUAACCAAAAUUUGUAGUGGUUUCUACAUGGAACACAUCACUUGUAGGUUAUCCUUCAUGGAAGUUUGAAAUGUCUUCAAAAUUAACACUAUUAAAUGUAAUAAGAGCUUUU